UCCCGCCCCGGGUGCGUCAGGGGUCAGUGGGUGGUGACAAACCGGUUGGCUGCGGAGGUGAUCGCCGGUCCUGGGUCGAUGGCGCCACCGCAGCGAUGUCCUCUGUGUCGCCAAACUUUCUUCUGUGGUCGAGGACACGUCUACAGCCGCAAGCACCAGCGGCAGUUGAAGGGGGCCCUGGAGCGGCUUUUACCGCAGGUGGAAGCUGCCCGCAAGGCCGUCCGUGCCGCCCAGGUAGAGCGCUAUGUCCCCGAGCAUGAUCGGUGCUGCUGGUGUCCGUGCUGUGGCUGCCAAGUGCGAAAACACCUGAGCCACGGAAACCUGACAGUGCUGCACGGGGGUCUGCUGGAACAUCUGGCCAGCCCAGAGCAUAAGAAAGCCACCAACAGAUUCUGGUGGGAGAACAAGGCCAAUGCCCAGAUGAAAGAGAAGUUUCUGAUCUCCCCCCAGGAUUAUGCACGGUUUAAGAAAUCCAUGGUGAAGGGCUUGGAUUCUUAUGAAGAAAAGGAGGACGAGGUGAUUAAAGAGAUGGCGGCUCAGAUCCGCGAGGCAGAACAGAGUCGGCAGGAAGUGGUCCGAUCUGUCUUAGAGCCUCAGGCAGAGCCAGAUCCAGAAGAGGGCUCUUCGGCACCUGGAAGCUGGAAAGCAACCAACGGCCAUGUAGCCUCCAGCUCACAGCAGGUAUCACACUUGGACCUGCAAGGUGUUCCAGAGCUUGACUGGAUGGAGACAGGACAGCACCUGACGUUCAUUGGCCAUCAGGAUACAGCUGGAGUUGGGAACAUUCACUCAGGUGCUGUGCCUCCAUGGAUGAUUCAAGAGGAGGAACACAGCUCUGGGAACCUACCAAUAGGCCCUUCCUAUGAAGAAUUUCUCAAAGAACAGGAAAAACAGAAACUGAAGAAACUCCCCCCAGAGCGAGUUGGGGCCAACUUUGACCACAGCUCCACCACCAGUGCAGGCUGGUUGCCCUCUUUUGGCAGAGUCUGGAAUAACGGACGACGCUGGCAGUCCAGGCAUCAAUUCAAAACGGAAGCCGCAACAAGAAACAAGCAGUCACAUAAAGGAAAAAGUUGAAGGCUCCCGGCUCAGCCAACAAACCCAUUCCAACUAUUAUUCCUAAAACCUUUCUUAGGAAAGUUGCCUUUCUUAGGAAACACAAACACCCGUUCAUUUGAUUUAAUAAAGUUUUAUUUUUCCAAACGUA